AUGGCUAUAGCGGCCCAGCCGGCCAUCCGUCUACAACAGAAUUCUACUCUCUUUCCGAUAAACCCUAAUCCUUUUCCUAAUUAUCAGCUAUGUCCUCUUGCUGUUUGCUCUCCUGCUAGAAUCCGUGCGAUAUCUGCUGUUACUAUGCAGCCUGAAUCAAUCACUGAAGCCAAAGAUACUUCAGCUGUUGAUUUGUUCGCUUGCCCCAUUUGUUAUGAGCCGCUUAUUCGGAAAGGCCCUCCAGGUUUCAACGUGCCGGCAAUCUAUAGGUCUGGUUUCAAAUGUAAGAAGUGCAACAAGUCCUAUUCAAGCAAAAGCAUCUAUCUUGAUCUCACUGUUACUUCCGGGACAAAGGAGUACAAUGAGUUUAAACCUACUGGAACUGAACUUUUCAGGAGUCCACUGGUUUCAUUUGUGUAUGAGAGGGGCUGGCGUCAAAAUUUUAGUCGUAGUGGUUUUCCUGGUCCUGAUGAAGAGUUCAAUAUGGCUCAGGAGUAUUUUAAACCAUCUGAAGGUGGAGUCCUUGUGGAUGUGAGCUGUGGCAGUGGUUUGUUUUCCAGGAAGUUUGCCAAAUCUGGGGCUUAUUCAAGAGUUGUUGCACUGGAUUUUUCUGAAAAUAUGCUUCGCCAAUGUUUUGAGUUCAUAAAGAAUGAAGAUGCUAUCUUACGAUCCAAUCUUGCACUUGUGAGGGCUGAUGUUUCACGACUUCCCUUUUCGUCUGGUUCAGUUGAUGCCGUUCAUGCAGGUGCAGCCUUGCAUUGUUGGCCAUCUCCUUCCAAUGCAGUUGCUGAAAUCAAUCGAAUAUUACGAAGUGGUGGUGUUUUUGUUGGAAGUACUUUCCUUCGAGUUACCUCUUCAACUCCUGCAUUCUUAAGGCCUCUAAGACAGAGAGGAAACUACAAUUAUUUAACAGAAGAGGAGAUUGAAGAUCUGUGCUCGUCAUGUGGCCUUGUUAACUACACCAAGAAAGUUCAACAGUCCUUUAUAAUCUUUUCCGCACAGAAACCAUGA